AUGGCGACGAUUCGCGUCGAAUCUUCUCGAGCGAGCAAAUCGGACAAGCCGGCGACUAUUGCGACAAAAUCUCCUGGACGACCACGAGCCAAUCGCGCCGCCGCAUCAAAGAAUCGGCCACCGCUGCCCGUCGCGUUGGCGCCUGGCGUUCCACCAGCUAAAAACCCGGUGAUCGUUGCGAAGACACUGGAAAUACCGGCGGGCGGCGGGGGAGAGACGAAGCGCGUCCGCACCGGGAAGCGGGAACGGCCCUCAGCAACGGCCAAUGGCGCAUCGGCGAGCGGCAAGAAGCACGUGAAGGAGCCGACGACGACGGCGACGGCGACGACGAUGACGACACAGAAGGCGACGGUUUCGAGGGGAAACGGCGAGCCAUCGGCGGCAGCCACGAGUGCCAAAGGGAAGGCGUCUUUUACUAAAGCGCAGGGCAAACGGCCUCUUGAAGAAUCGCCCGAGGAGGCGACGGCUCAAGCCGCGCGCUGUUCAAAGGCGACGAAGGAUCCGGCGACAAAACAGCCGGCGACGAAGCAGCCGGCGACGAAACAGCCGGCGACGAAACAGCCGGCGACAAAACAGCAGGCGACGAAGCAGCAGGCCACAAAGCAGCCGGCGACGAAGCAGCAGGCGACGAAGCAGCAGGCCACAAAGCAGCCGGCGACGAAGCAGCAGGCGACGAAGCAGCCGGCGACGAAGCAGCAGGCGGCAAAGCAGCAGGCGACAAAGCAGCCUGCGACAAAGGAGCAGGCGACGAAGGAGCAAGCCGCGAAGCAGGCACCGUCGUCGUCGUCGCCACCCUGCCAAUCGGCUCAAGACCGAUCCAAGAUCUUGAAAGCAGCGCUACUGAACAUGGCGAAACGCCAGCCCAAGAGCCCCGAGGUGCAUUUCUUCCUCGCGCUGCACUUUCUCCGCGAGCAUCAACCCGCCAAGGCGUUGAGCGCGUUUGAGGCCGCAGCGGCAGCAGUAGCAGCGCUGCCAGAUGAGAGGAUGUCUCAGCCCAUCCCUCUGCAUUUCCCCUCAUUCUCCCUACAUUCUUAUGCCAAUCUUCCUUUCCCUCCUGGCCAGGCAUUGAGCGCAUUUGAAGCGGCAGCGGCAGCAGUGGCAGCUCUGCCAGAGGAGAGAAUGUCUCAGCCCAGGCGGGACCUGCACUCCACUGCGCACCGCCACAUGGCGCAGGUUCGUUGGUCGAUUGCCCAGGGCGGUACGGAUGUGUUGGAUGGGUUAUUUGGACUGGCUGGGUUGGCGGAGGAGGAAGUGGAGGGGAGGGAGGCGAAGCGGGUGUGCAGUGCUCUGGACAUGUUUGCUGCUGUUGCUGAUCUAGAACUGAGGAGGGAAGAGAGGCUGAGGCAGGAGGAGGCGGCAUGCAAAUUGGCUGAUGAGAGUGCGGAACAGGAGGUGGGGCGUAAGGUUGAGGGUGAGGGGGAGGGCGAGGGUGAACGGAAGCUGAAGCAGGAUGGGGAGGGGCAGGGUGCAGGGGAGGGGGAGGGGGAGAGGAAGCGGAGGCGGAGCGUUUGGCCCAAACAAGAGGAACGGUGGGUAGAGAUGGAGGGGGAGGGGGAUGGGGAAGGUGUUGGUGUGCAGAUGGGUGGAGGGGUGCAGAUGAAGGUGGGUGCUGGUGCUGGUACUGCUGGUAACCACAUGGAGGAACAGCAAGUGGGGGGAUCCCCUGCAGGAGGAGAGGGUGCUGUGCUUCCCGCUGACGACCUUGAGGGCAGUGGGGUUCUAAGCGCGAGUGAAGCUCUGAAGAAGGCGAAGGAAGGAGGGGGUCUGGCUACCACCAAUCAUCUUGCUGUCAUGCUCCUGCUGUACGGGCGAACAGAGAAAGCCCUGGAAGUUCUGUCACAACAGCUGGCAAGCGUUGAAACUGGCACAAGCGGUGAUGCUGCUAGCAGCAGUGCCAGCACCGCGAACCCUACCGCUCCCGUUGACACCGACACUCUCGCCAAUCUGGGAGCCGCCCUGCUGCAUGUGGGAAGGUACGAUGAGGCUGCGGCAUGCCUGCAGGCAGUGCUGCAGAGGGAGCCGCAGCACCCGGCUGCUCUCUGCUCCUACUCCGCCCUGCUGCUUGCCACACAACGUAGCCAUGGCAGGAGAGUUGACAGGAGAGUUGACCACAUGCAGAAGCCGCAGCAGCAGGAGAAAUCGCAGCAGCAGCAAGACGAAGACAAGGAGCGACCUUUGGCUGUUGAUGCUGUGGUUGGUGGGACGAAGACAGCAUCUGCCUUGGCUGUCAAUGAUGCUGCAGAAAGGGCGACGACAGAAGAAACCGAGUUGGUGCCAGCUGCAACAGGCACAGCAGGAACAGACGCUAUCACAGCAGGAGGCGAAAAGAGUGUGGCGAUAACGACAACUGCAUUGGACACUGCAGGGGUGUCAGCACAGCAGUGUGCGUCAGCAGCAGUGCAGCUGCUGCCGAGUUGUGCCUUCCUCUGGUGCAACCUUGCCCAUGCCGCCACCCGCACAGGCAGCUGGAAGCAGGCCGCAAAAUGCAUGUCCCAGGCUCUGAAGCUGCAGCCGUCCAGUGCACCUCUGCGCUUCGCAGCAGCAGCCCACCGCAUCGCCACUGCUGCCGCUGCCCCUCUGCCUCUGGCCCUCGCCUCCCAGCACAUCCGCUGCGGCGUUGCAGAGAUGGCAGAUGCGCUGGGGCUUCCGGAACUGGCUUAUAGGUCAAAUGGUGGUGGUUCUACGAUCGUGUUUGAAACACGUGCUGCUGCUGGUGCUGCUGCUGCUGCUGCUGCUGCUGGUGCUGCUGGUGCUGGUGGUGCCUGUGGUGGCCGUGGUCGCAAGUGCAUCCUGGGCCAUGUGCCCGAGUGGAUGGCAUGGGACGCUGUGGCGCCUUUUGAGGCGCCUCAGAAUUCGGCUUUUGGUGCUGGUGCUGGUGCUGGUGCUGGUGCUGGUGCUGGUGGUGGUGGUCAUGGUGGGAAUCGCAAGUGCGUGCUGGGCCAUGUGCCCGAGUGGAUGGCAUGGGACGCUGUGGCGCAUGCACACGCAGCCCUUGAACGGCGAACGCUCCAGGAGAUUGUGACUAAAACGGGGGCGUUUGUGGUGGAAGAGGAGGCGCGGUUGACUGUAACAGGGUGUUCUGAUGGAGGGAGCGCACAGGAGGGGUUGGGGGGUGAGGAGGAGAUGGAGAGGGGGGGGGAAGGAAAUCGGUUAAUGGCGCUGCUGGUUGGUGCAGCAUCACGGGGAGAGGAUGGGGAUGGAGAGGAGGACGAGGAGAAGAGGUGCAAAGAAGAGGAGGAGGAGGAGGGUUUUGGGAGCGGGGAUGGUGGUGGGAGUGGGGAGGUGGUGAACGAGGAGCUGGCAUGUGCGGUGGUGCAGGCAGAGGAGCUGAAGCUGGCAGCGUGGAAGAAGCAGUCUCUGAUGGCAGCAGCAGGGGCGGGAACCGGAGCCCAUCAGCUGGGCGUGCAUGCACUGCACUCUGCCAUUCACUCACUUGCUUCUAACAUGGAAGAUGGCACCACAAUGGGGGGUGCUGUUGCGGACGUCAGAGAUGUUAAUGGUGCAGUUGAGCUGUCUUCUACGCGGUACUUUGCAGCAGCUCACUCGCACUUCCUCAGAGCUCUCUCACGCCACCAGCAAUCGGCAGCCACGUGGAGUUCCCUAGGCCUCUGCCUACAGCUUUCUGGUCGUCUUGACGAAUCCGAAGCAGCGUAUACCCGCGCGCUGCACUGCCCAUCGUCGCUGCCUCCUCGCCCUUCCACCGACCCAUCUUCUUCUCCUUCCUCUUCUCCUCCUCCUCUACCUCCUUCUCCUCCUGCGUCUGCAUCCCAUGUGACCUGGUCCAACCUUUCUCUCCUUCUGCGCGCCCAGGGCCGUCUCUCUGCUGCCCUCUCAGCUGCACACAACGCCCUCCUCCUCGCCCCCAUGCACGGCCCCUCCCUCUGCAGCUUCGCCCUGCUCUCUGCCGCCGCUGGCCGCUGGAACGACGCUGUGGACGCGUUUCAACGGGCGAGUGAGGUGUUUAGAGGAGUACAGGGAGGUGUGGAGAGAGGGGAGGUGGUGGGGGAGGAUGGGGGGGUGAUGGAGGGACGGGGUGAGAUGGGAGAGGGGUGUGGGUCUGGUGUUGGUGAGGUGGUGGGAGUGGGUGAGGCGGUGAGAGAGGCUGUGAGGGUGAAUCUGCAGGUGGCUCUGAAAUGGCAAGCGCGGGCGGAGGAGGAACGGCAGAAGGUUGAGAAGAAGAGGCAGGAGAGGGAGAGGAAGAAGCAGGAGAAGGAGGAGAGGGAGCGGCGGAAGGCUGAGAGGGUCGCAAGGAAGGAAGCGAAGCGGGUUCGGAAGCAGGAGAGGGUGGAACGGCGGGCGAAGAAGGAGCAGGAGAGGAGAGAAAGGGCAGAGAAGCGUGAGGCGAGGAAGGUGCGGAUAGAGCAGAAGAGGCAUGAGCGAGAAGCUCUUUUGCGGAGCAAACAGGAGCAGCAGAAGCUUCAGCCAGCGGCUCACUCUGAGCCUCUUAAUCCCUUGGGUGCUUCUCCUGCUGCCGCUCCUGCAGCUGUAUCUUCUCCUGCUGCUUCCCCUGCUGCUUCUCCAGCUGCUGCUGCAGCCGCAGCCUCGGCUGCUGCUGUUCCCAAGGCAGCACUUAUGGAUCUGAAUGAAAUGUGCGAUGAUGAAGCAGACGCUCCCUCCUUGGGUGCAACGCCUGCUGAAGCAGCCACGGGUGGUGCUGAGAAUCUCAGAAACGAUGACGGUGCUGCUGCUGCUGCCUUGGGUCCUCCACCAGAGCAGCAAGGAGCAGUAGCGGCAGUCAGGGGCGAAUCAGGUGGGGCGAAGGCUGCAUCUCAGAGCAAGGACUACCAGUCCUUUGCACACAACGUCGCUGCGUCUGGAUUCUCAUGGGAGGUGUUUAAGCUUCCACGGCCCGUCACACUCCCGUCGAAUGGUGCCACGCUGCCCGCUGCUGCUGCCGCCGUGCCUCCUUUCAGCUCAGGGCCCAACAGCCUGCAGCAGCAGCAGCUCCCGCAUCACUGGCAGCAGCAGCAACCGCAGCAACCGUGGCAAGGCCGGCAGCUCUUCCAGCAGCAGCAACAGCAACAGCAACAGCAGCAACAGCAGCGUCAGCAGCAGCAGCAGCAACUGCAAGAGGUGCAUAGAUCCAGCCAAGCUUUGGGUGGGAUGCAGCAACUGGGUCAUGUGGUGCUUGAGGCUGAAAAGAGGAAGCGGGAGGCUAAUGGUAUCCCCCAGAUCCUUGGAUCAGCAGUGGACGCGUCUAAGGGAAAGGCGGCCAGUGGUUUGGGUCAGGGCCUGCAUAUCCCAGGCAGGUUGAAUGGUACUGUGCUGAGCGUGUUGAGAAGGCAUUGCGAGGCGAAUGGGCGGAAGGAGGUGGUCGGCCCGGCAGCAGAGAGGACCUCUCAGAAUGGUGCUUCUGAAGCCCCAGCAGCUGCUCCCACUGCUACCAAUGGCACCAUUGGCACCUGGCAUCCAACACCUGGUCACAGGAACGGGAUGAUGGAAGCAGCACAAAAUGCUGUGAAGUCGUCAAACAACCCAACGUGGCCGAACUCAUCACAUACCAACCCUGCGCUACCUCUCGCCAACUCAGCAAUGGCCAAUGCAGCAUCAUGUGCCAGCGUGGCACCGAAGCGGAGAGUACUGCUGGACUUGGAAAUGCCAGCUUGUGAGCUCUCAGAAACAGAGAGCGGAGGGAACACUCCUCUCGGAGCAAGCACUCCUUGCAGUGGGGUUAAUUUCCCUGGCGGAGGUAACAUGCGUCAUGGGGGGGGCAUGACUGGCGAAGGUAAUGCACUUGGUCCUAACAAAGGGAGUGCGUUCGCUGGUGGAAACGGUUUUUAUGGAGGUGGUGGUAAUGCAGCAGCGGGCCAGGGGGUCGGACUGAGGUCACAACCACCAGAGGCUACUGUAUCGGAGCAUGCUGCUGAGCGCGCAGUGAAUGGAUUCCACGUGGCGCCGCACAGUGCAGGAGGCAGGGAUGCUAAGUCGGAUCGCCGACUUCCUGACCUCAAUGAUUGGCUCACUGCAUCUUGA